GCCUUUGGAUUGGCUGGAAGGGAGAAGGGACAGUCGUGGCUGAGCUGUGCCCAUGUUUGUGUAGCUGUCUACUGAAGGAGGAAGAUGGCCAAAUGUGAACCCUGUGAAAGAAAUUACGACAACAUGGUAAAAAUGCUUGAGGAUCUGAACAGGGAUUUAGAGAAGCUCCUGGAAGACAUGGAAAAACUAUCAGUGCAGGCUACAUGGAUGGCUUAUGAUAUGGUGGUGAUGCGUGCUAACCCAGACUUGGCCAACUCUAUGAGACGACUGGAAGAUGCUUUUCUCACCUGUAAGGAAGAAAUGGAGAAAAACUGGCAAGAAAUGUUGAAGGAAACUAAGGGUGCUGAACAAAAGCAAGAAUGAAUGGUUUCUAAACUCCCGGUGGAAAUACAAGCCUUGGAAGAGUUGAUCUCAUCUUUUGUUCUUAAAAGUUACAAGUUCUUAUAAUGAACAUUGCACAUCAAAAGA